UUUUAAUUAUGAAUUUUAGUUUCAUUUCAUAUGUCCAGCAAUCGCUACGAUGCCUAAUGCUUGCGCUCUCAGUUUGUUCACCUUCUCGCCAAUCGCACCAUUCAAAGAACCAAUACCCUCUUCUUCAUUCACUCGAUUCUCCUUUCUGUCUUUCCCGAAAUCGCUUGGCGGAUCGCCAACCCGUUUGUUCCGAAUUGCAGUCAAUGCAUCCGGGUCGGACAAUUUCAUCACCGACGAUGCGUUCGGGGAUUAUCCUUGGGAUUCCUCCGGUUCUUCGGAUCCUUCGGUGCAAUGGGUACAAGAGGAUAAAGUCACCCUGUUCACCACUGAUGGGCUGAUACAAAUAGGUGGGAAUUUCGUCCCACAACGUAUUUCAGAUAAGAAGAGAGGAAAAGUGAAAAUAGCCAAAAGAGUACAACGGUACAAAGAGAGUGAUUACAUGGAUCCACAUCAAGUCCUCUGUUUGGGUUCACUUUUUGAUAUUGCAGCAACAAAUGGUCUUGACAUGGGCAGAAAGCUAUGUAUUCUGGGAUUUUGCCGUUCUGUUGAGAUGCUGAGUGAUGUUGUGGAGGACAUAGUACUGGAACAAGGUGGUGAGGUCGUUUGUGCAGAAAAAGGAAGCAAUGAUGGCGGCUUGAAUGAAAGGCUAACGAUGACAGUUUCUGUUCCAUUUCUUUGGGGGGUCCCUCCUGCUUCUGAAACACUCCGGGUUGCCAUCCGAAUUGGUGGUGGCAUCGUGGAGAAAGUUUAUUGGCGAUGGGAUUUCCUAUAAAUUAUUAUGUAACACUACAAUUUCUAAUGCCAGUGUUGUGUGUAUAGUAUGUAUUCGUGUGCGCCUCCCUGCACAAAAUAACCCCCACUCCCAUGCAUCCAUCACCCGUGUGGAAAUAAAGUUGAGGGGAGUUUAAGUAACGCCAAAAAAAUAUCUACAGAACUUGACUCCAGUCAACUGCGUACCUUCUGUAUUGACAUUCUCUUCAUUGUUUUUGAUAUAUCCUCACGCACCGAGUGUUGAAAAUAACUUUCCUCCUAUUCCACAUUUCGGCCGUCAGUCUUUUUCUCAGCAUGCAUGUGGGAGGCCU